GACACUGCAACAUUGAAUCUCUGUGUCUAACAUAAGCUUUGAAGUGAAUAAACCCUGAGAGACACAGGCAGUGAAAAGGGUUCAAAAGAAACCAUGGCUUCUGUAGCAUCAGUUCAGCAACUUUUCACCCCAGCAUUCACUGUUGAUAUCAAGAAAGUUAAAAGUAAUGCCAGGAAAAUGUCUGAGCGAUGUCAGACUCUCGGAGUUCAACUCAGGCCACAUAUGAAAACUCACAAAACUCUGGAGUGUGCAGAUAUAAUGACUGGAGGCUCUCGACGCUGCAUCGCAGUCUCUACGUUGGCUGAAGCUCAUUUCUACGCUGACAAUGGCUUUGAUGAUAUCUUGUAUGCCUAUCCGCUUCCUGUUGACAAGGUGGGAGCCUGUGCAGAGCUAGCAGAAGGUCUGGAGAUGUUCCACGUGCUGGUUGACAAUGAGGUGGCAGUGAUGGAGCUCAAGAAGAGACGUCUGCGAGAUGAGAAGUCAUGGCUGGUGUGGUUAAAGUUGGACUGCAACAAUGGAAGAGCCGGAGUGCAACCUGAGGACUCAAUGGCGUUGUUAUUGGCGAAAUCUAUAGCAGACAGCGAGGGGAUGGAGCUGGCGGGUGUGUAUGCACACUGUGGGAAUUCUUAUGAAGCGACCGGAGUUAAGGAGAUCCAGGCUGUGGCACAGGAAACUACAACUGCCACAUUGAAGUUUGUGGAGAAGUUGGAGAAGGCAGGUGUGAGGUGUCCUCGCAGUAGCAUUGGAUCAACACCUUCCUGCAGUCACCCUGUAUCAGACAUGGAACGUCUCAAUGAGCUCCACCCUGGAAACUACAUCUUUUACGAUGUCCAGCAGCUGAUGAUUGGUUCCUGCCAGAUGGAUGAUAUCGCUGUGCGAGUGUUGACAAGGGUCAUAGGUCAUUAUCCUCAUCGCAACCAACUAUUAGUGGACUGUGGCUGGACAGGAUUGAGCCUGCACAGUCUGGGAAAGCUGCCUACUGGCUUUGCACUUGUGGAGGGGCAUCCUGAGCUGAAGUUGGUGGGAAUGACACAAGAGCAUGGGAAGAUCGAAUCGAUCUCAGGAAGGCUGGAUUUUGACAAGUUCCCACUUGGAAGCCUCAUCUCACUCAUCCCUUAUCAUGCCUGUGCCACUGCAGCAAUGCAUCCCGUCUACUAUGUGCACUCGGAAGGGAAAAUUAUAGCUGAAUGGAGACCGACGCGAGGCUGGUAGAGAUGUUCAAGAACAUUUUACAUUUUACUCUGCAGAGAGGAUAGAGAGCAUAGAUAAGAUUUCUUUAUUAGUCACAUGUACAUUGAAACACACAGUGAAAUACAUCUUUGCGUAGAGUGUUCUGGGGAAGUUCAUCAUUGUUUUUUUUAGGUCAAAACUGUUAUGAUGUCCCUAAUGCUGUUUUCAAAAACUCUCAUAAAAAGUUGUGAAAAUCAUUGGUGUUAAUU